AAAUUUGGGUUUUAUGAGUUAAAAUUGGAAACUUUUGAAGUGUCAAGUAAGAAUUGGUAAAAGGUGACAUCAGCAAUGCCAGACAGAGGCCCUGCCGGCUGCUCCCACCGACCAUAACGAAGAAGCUCAUUUACACACGCCAAAAAACCAAUUCUUUAAUGACCCAAAAGAUCAAAGCUUGGAACCCAUGUCACUACAUUGAAGUAUCCGCCCAUCAAAGGUGAAAAAGUUUGAAGUGGGCUGCAUAGAUCAGGGGCUUUGACCAUUGAAAAUAGUGUUGAUCUUUGAAGAGUCUAGUUGGAGUUGAGGAUAUUUGAUUUUUGUAGAAAAUCCAACAUUAAUUCUAGCUCUUUUUGAUGUUUUAAAGUUAAUUUCUUAUAUUAGGUGAAAAAGUUAGAAGUGGGCUGCUUAGAUCAGGGGCUUUGAGGAGGAAAUACCAUUGAAAAAGAUUCUACCUUUUCUCUUUUUUAGUGAAAAAAGAGGAAUUGAAUAAGAUAUGGUUGGGGAUGGUGAUGGUGAUGGUGAUGGUGAUGGUGUGAUUCAUAAUGAGUACUCAAAUGGAUUGGUACAUAAUUCGAAUGGUUUAAUUGAAGACAAGAUCGAUGAGAUUCGUCGGCUUUUGGGGAAAGCUGAAGGUGAUCCUUUGAAGAUAGUUGGUGUUGGUGCUGGUGCUUGGGGCAGUGUGUUUAUUGCCAUGUUGCAGGAUUGUUAUGGUCACUUAAGAGACAAGGUUUUGAUAAGAAUUUGGAGAAGACCGGGAAGAGCAAUCGAUAAAGCCACAGCUGAACAUUUAUUCGAAAUAAUCAACUCGAGAGAAGAUGUGUUGAGGAGACUAAUCAGACGCUGUGCUUAUUUGAAGUAUGUCGAGGCAAGAUUAGGUGAUCGAACGCUCUAUGCUGAUGAGAUAUUGAAAGACGGUUUUUGUGUAAAUAUGAUUGAUACUCCUCUUUGCCCCUUGAAGGUUGUUACUAACUUGCAGGAAGCUGUGUGGGAUGCUGAUAUUUUGGUAAAUGGAUUGCCCUCGACAGAAACUCGUGAAGUGUUUGAAGAGAUUAGCAAGUAUUGGAAAGAGAGAAUAGCAAUGCCGGUUAUUAUUUCUCUGUCUAAAGGUGUAGAGGCUGAACUUGAGAUUGAGCCACGGAUUAUUACUCCUACACAAAUGAUCAAUCGAGCUACUGGAGUUCCAAUUGAGAACAUUCUCUAUCUUGGAGGUCCUAAUAUUGCCUCAGAAAUAUACAACAAGGAGUAUGCUAAUGCUCGAAUAUGUGGAGGCGAAAAAUGGAGAAAACCAUUGGCUACAUUUUUGAGACAACCCCAUUUUAUAGUGUGGGACAAUGGUGAUCUAGUUACUCAUGAAGUGAUGGGCGGUUUGAAAAAUGUCUAUGCAAUCGGAGCUGGAAUGGUAGCUGCUUUAACAAAAGAAAGUGCAACGAGCAAAUCGGUGUAUUUUGCACAUUGCACAUCCGAAAUGAUAUUCAUAACUCAUCUUUUGGCAGAAGAGCCAGAGAAACUUGCAGGGCCUUUGCUUGCCGAUACUUAUGUGACAUUGUUGAAAGGUCGUAAUGCAUGGUACGGACAAAAGUUAGCCAAAAAAGAGUUGAGCCUCGAAAUGGGUGAUAGCAUCAAGGGAAAGGGUAUGAUUCAGGGUGUCUCUGCUGUGAAAGCAUUUUUCGAGUUGUUAAGCCAUUCAUCGUUGAGUGUGUUACACCCCGAAGAAAACAAGCAUGUUGCUCCGGUUGAGCUCUGUCCUAUACUGAAAAUGCUCUAUAAAAUCCUUAUCAAAAGGGAGUAUUCAUCACAAGCUAUUCUUCAAACACUAAGAGACGAAACGAUGAACGACCCGAGAGAUCGUAUCCAGAUUGCUCAAACUCAUGUGUUCUACAGGCCAUCACUUCUUGGUCACCAACCUUGAUAUGUUAUAUUAUCAGUUUCACCUCAAAAUCACAGAACAGUUAUAUAUUUUUGUUCAUUAGAUUCAAGAUUUUGAUAUAAUUAUGUAGGUGUUACUUCUAGCUUAGCUAGUUUGUGAAGAGUAUUAUGAAUGAUAUCCUCAUUGGUUUGAUUGGAUUACAUAAACUAAAAAUUAUUCAUUCAA